UCGCCGGUGGCCGCGCGCGCGCACGCGACGGAGCCACCGAGCGAAGCGUCAUCCGCGACGCCUGCACGCCGAGGAGAUUACGCACAGCGCUGUCGUGGGUUAACACACGCGCGCGCGCACACAGCAGCCAGCAGUAAUAGCAGCAGCAGCAGCAGAGACCGCAAAUAUACAAGCACGAUCUUACAGUAAACCCAGCAUCAGCGUCAUCUCGUCAUCACUCGCGACGAGGCUGAUCUUCGCUUGCAGGAUGGCCGACUCGGACAGCAAUGGCGGAGGAGGCUGCAUCGAGGCGACGGGCUCGAGCCCCACGCCCCCCAAGGCGCCGUGCCCCCUGCUCAAGAAGAACAGCCAGACGGACCUGCUGAGCCGCCUCAAGACACGCAAGGUGUUGGGCGUCGGCGGCGAGGAUGACGAGGGAGAGGCACACCGCUCCAAGAUAAGCCAGGUGUUGGGGAACGAGUCAAAGUUUGGCCUACGGGAACCUCUGGGGCUCAGGUUGUGGCAACUCGUGUCGGCCACGAUGUUCACAGUCAUCGCGGGCAUGGCGCUGGUAAUUCCGGACAAGCUUUACGAGGUGCUGUUCGAGGAAAGGAGCACUCAGGGCUCUCUGUCCAUGAGGCUGUACGGAGGAACUUUGCUGUGCAUCUCGCUGGUGCUGUGGAACGCCUUCUACACGGCAGACAAGGCCAUCAUCCGAUGGAGCCUGGCCCUGCAGGCUUCUUACUUCAUCGUGCAGAUGGGAGUGACGGUGUUUGCCGUGUGGGAGCGGGGCACCGCUCCGGAAAACCUGGCCCUGCUGCUGAGCUCGCGCGCCCUCUUCACGCUCGUCGCCUGCUUCUACCACCGCAGCGUUGGGAGGCGCACCAAGAAGCAGCACUAGGGGCGGGCGGCUCCUGGGGGCGAGCGAGCGAGCGCGCGCGCGCACGGACCCGCGACUGGCGAUGCACGCGUAUGACGGCGUAACACGCGCACGCACGAACACACGGACCACGCACGCAGCCAGCAGCAGCAGCAGCAUCACGCGAGCUUCAUGCCCCCCCUCCCCCAGCCCCCCACCCC